UCUGGGCUGUGCGAGCUUCGGCGCAUGCUGCCCGUUUCUGGUGCGAUUGCCACCACAGCUGGGCUGCGAGCAUCCUAAUUCUAUCUCCAUUUCGCUGGCGCCAGACUUCUCAUACUCGAGAAGCGCAUUUUUGCUUUCUUAACGGGUCUGUGAGUAGAUUCUGGGGGGAGCGAGAUAAUUUGUGCCCUGCAUGUGGGAGUGGUGGUGGUGGUGAUUGUGGUGAGGAUGUCCGAGGACGCUGCCGCCCUCACUCGAUGGUUGUUUGAGGAUUUCAAGCAAGCGUACGACGCUAAGUUCGGACGGAAGAACUCUUUUUCUUCUUCGGUCGGGAGGGGAAGGUGGGGGAGGAGGAGUGAGGGGCAGGAGGGCAAUCGGAGUGGCGGAACUUACGAGUUUGGGGCGCGGCGGUAUUCGAGUGGACGGGCGGGGAGUGUUGUCGCCGGCAUGGGGAAUGCGACGAGCAGUGGCCCGGAUCCGAAGCAGGAGAGCCUCCUCCGUCAGGAAGGCAACGGGUUUGUGGACGUGAGUUCUAGGAAGCGGGAGCUGGCGCCGUAUGAGAAGUUUUUGAAUCAGGGGAAUGCGGGAGGGGAGGUUGGAGAAGUGCCUCGGGAAGGGGGUUUGGGGAAUGGGGUGGUUGUUGUGGAGGAGAAGAAAGGAUGGCAGAAGCCGUUGCCGGUGUUUAACUCCCUGGAGACGACCAUUCUGGCAGAGAAUAUCAUGCAGGAUAUCGUGAAAGGUGACAUGGAUGUGUCGUGGGAUACGAUCAAGGGGCUGGAGAAUGCAAAGCGGUUGCUGAAAGAAGCUGUUGUUAUGCCGAUCAAGUAUCCGCAAUAUUUUACCGGUUUGUUAACGCCCUGGAAGGGGAUUUUGCUCUUUGGUCCUCCGGGAACUGGGAAGACAAUGCUGGCGAAGGCUGUGGCGACGGAAUGCAAGACCACGUUCUUCAACAUUUCUGCCUCUUCCAUAGUUAGCAAAUGGCGGGGCGAUUCGGAGAAGCUUGUGAAGGUACUUUUCGAGCUGGCGCGCCAUUUCGCACCAAGCACAAUCUUCUUGGACGAGAUCGACGCAUUGAUAAGCACUAGAGGAGAAGGGUCCAGCGAGCACGAGGCGAGUAGGCGGCUCAAGACCGAGCUCCUCGUGCAGAUGGACGGGUUGACGAAGUCCAAUGCGCUUGUCUUCGUUCUCGCUGCCACCAAUUUACCUUGGCAGCUUGAUGGUGCCAUGCUACGACGCCUUGAGAAGCGAAUCUUAGUUCCGCUGCCGGAGCCUGAGGCCAGAGAGCAAAUGUUUGAAUCUCUGCUUCAGAUUCAGGAGAAAAAUAUCGAGCUCCCAUUGUCCACGAUGAUUGAACAAACCGAUGGCUACUCGGGAUCCGAUAUUCGCAUUGUGUGCAAGGAAGCAGCGAUGCGACCUUUGCGGCGUGUCAUGGCUGUGCUUGAGAAGCGGGACCCUAACUGCGAGGAUCCUCUGCCUGAGCUCGGGCCUAUCACAGCAGAUGAUGUUCUCAUUUCCUUGAAAACAACUCGACCUUCCGCUCACUUGUCGGCAGCCAAAUACACGCAGUUCGACAACGACUAUGGCAGUCAGGCAUUCGAGAGUAUGUGAUCAAAUUCAUGGGUGGGGAAGGAUGUUCGACAUGCGUGCAAACGAAUGGCGCUGCCAGAUUUCUCCACCCGUAGCACAACUGAUCAGAGGCCCAUCAGUCCGGCUCUCCGAAGCAUGCUCUCACGAGUGAGGUUGUUCAAGCCAUGCCUCAGUCUGUUGAGAUCUCCCUAUGAAUUUGCAGGCCUCCUGCGAUGGAAAAAACAACAUUUGCAUUCGUUUUUUCUUUUCUUUCUAGAACUAAUUCUCGUGGAGGCGCGAUCCAGCUGGUCGAUGUAGGUACUGAGGCGACGUUACAGCUUACAAUGCUCUGUGCGCUGCUCUGCGCAGUUCAAUGCUUCGCAGCGAUGGAGUUGUAGUAAUUACAUAUGAGCGGGUUUGUCGCUCUUUUGACGCCUCAAAUUCUUUGUUCAUAUUGAACUAUUCAAUUCGUCAAAAUAAAUCGGUCUUAACAUCAGGCAAAUUUGGCCUCUUUGGGUGUCUGGGAUGGCAGAACUUGCACAGUUAUGACGGUGCCCUCUCUCGUCUAGACCUGGCAAUUUUAUUUACUUUUCUCUUCUUUUGGAUCACACUGCCCUCUUUUUCUCCUUGCAUUCUAGAGUUUAGUAAGAGUGGUGGCCUAUAAUCCAUACCCACGUAAGGGUGCACGCCAAUAGCAUCAUAGAUCAGCGACUUUAAUCACAUUCCCAGGUUGAGAGAGCAAGCUUGAGAAAAGAAAAGACGGUAUACCUGUGGAGUUGUAUCAAAACUCAUCUUUUACUGUAUGUAAAACUGCGAAGGGUGCAUGAAAAUGUAGUUUUAACGUUCUCACCUGAUUCUGACUCCUGUGUUGAGCCUUUGGACCAGCUUCAACUUCUAUACCAAAUGGAGGAAUAGGACAAACAAUUAAUGUUAUGGAAACCUUCAAGUUUGGCAUGAGGCCCAAACUUGUAAGGGCAACCAAUUCUACCCCGAAAUUGCUGCCCCGAAAACCAGGAAGGGGCUGCUGUCCGAGAUUCCGGGGAGGAACUGCCGGGGUCCGGAGAUGGGCGGGGCAGGCCUCAUUUUUUCCCCUAUCUCUCUCGUUUUUUGGUCCCGGUACUGAGUUUAGGAGCUCCGCAUUUUGUUGCGGUGUGAGCUUCGCGUAUUGGACCGGGUUUGUUUCGGCGCUGAUUUUUUUAUCUCUUUGAAGUGCUGCGGUGCAGCCUUGUCCCCUUGGUACUGUGGCUGUGUGGCUGGAGCAAUUUUGGAGCGGUUUAUUGCAGUGGGCUGCUGUGCGGUGAAACUCUCUCGGCUCUGGUUUUUUUCUUCUUCUUUCCUAGUUCCUGCAGAGGCGGUUCCGUUGUGGUUGUCUUUUCUUCCAGUUGCUCCAGUUCUUCCAGUUGUUUUACUCUUUGGCGGAAGUGCUUCGGCCGGUUGCUGAUCUACCUUCUUCGUUGGCUGCGCGGCUGUUGAAGUGUGUGGAUAGCGUGUGCGGCGCGGUUUUACUUGUGGUGCGAAGGCGAUUUCCCUCCUCUUCGGCAUUACAUGCAGUUACGACGGAGUUUGGACGUGCGGUAAUGCCGGUGGGGUUGAUUCCCUGAUCUGGUCAUUACUAGGUUCCGCGAAGUUGUGCGUGCUGUGGUUGGAGCAAGGGUCGUCAUGGAUCAGUGGUCACUUUGAUUUCCUUCUAGCUCUCGUCACUCGGUGCAGAGAAGUCGGUUAUGCCCGAGCGGCCAAUCUGUGGUGUUGCUGUGUUGACACGCCGUCGGCGUUCAUGUUUAUUUCCUCCUCGAUCUCUUGCUCUUGUUGCUGAUCCUGUUGUCGACGGAAUUGGGUGGAGGUGGUUGCGGUUAGAGCGGCUCAAGUUUGCUCUUACAUCGGCUUGCGUUGCGGCUUGGCUGUUGCUAUCUCCUCUUGAUUGGUGCAGCAGUGUCGGUGGCGAUUACCUGCGCAAUUCUUAUUUUUGUUUUUUUAUUCGUAUCAAUUGGCCUGGUUGUGUUCGGGUGGUGGACUGAAGUUUUGCGGUUACGGCGGUCGGUCGGAGCUGCGGUCCUUGUUCUGGAAUCGGCUGUCGACGACUCAAGAGAGUGGUUGCUGGUUCCGUGGCGACCGCAUCAGGAUGUUGUGUUUCUGAAGGGUAGACGCAAUUGAAUCAGAGCAAGCCUGGUGUGAUUUGUUGCGAGAUUGUGGUUGCACAAGGCUUGGGUGUUCGACGGCGCCGAGGUGAUCUGCCUUGUUCCAGUUGUCGUCCGGGUUCAGCAGCACUACUGCUUGGGUUCUCUUCGUCAACUUCUUUUGUACUCUAGCAGGCAGCCCCGUACCUCUCGAACCAUAUGCUACAUGAGAUGCUCCAGUAAUUACAACUAAUUUGCCAAUAGAACCUCGGUACAGCAUACCUUCCUCAAUAACCUGACUCAUCACACGAUCAGCAACGAUCUGCCCUUGAAAAUACUUUAAGGACCAGAACCAUAAAGAUUUGAAGCAACACCAACAAGCCAAUACUCACCUUGAGCGUGAUUGACCUUCUGCUUGAAGUCCAAGGGAAGUUAGAGUAGACGACCCCCGGUGCAAGGGCCUGCCAUUGGGUCAGUUCCUGAAUUGCCAGAGUAGCUGCAGUUUCCGUAGGAGGAACUCAGAAUUAGAAUACGUCUUGCAGUUCACUUCUGAUAAAAGAAGGCCCUCCCGGAAGCCGUGUAGUUGAGAGGGUUGUCGAGAUUGAAGUCUGAAUUCCUGCUAUCAGCAUCCUCAUCAACCAACAGACCGACUGUGAUUUCAAGCUUCGGUGGGUUGUGAGUUGUCCACACGGCUUCAACAUUCAGCCUGGUUAGAAGGGAAUCUCAUCACAGAGGCUCUGUCACCACAAAAAGAAAUUGGCUGAUUAACUAUCCAGGUCGAAUAAAAAUCCAUCGUAAGUAA